CUCUACGAGACCUUGUUUUCCAUUGUGUCUUCUUCUUCUUGCAUUCCAACCAUUGUUGGUGGCUGUCCUUGAUCGUAGUAUGAAAUGCGUACCAUUCCGGCCGUUGCUGAGACUGUUGCUGGUGGCGUCCACCAGAGUCGUCGUCGUCGACGCCGUUGACGCGAGUUUCGAUCAGCCCUUUGCGUCGGCCGCCAUUCCACACGUUCCCUGCGUUACCCUUUACCAUCGUAACGGCCGUCAGGGUUGCGGAACCGCGGAUCACGACCUUCAAACCGGUACAUUGCGCUAUUUCCAGUCCGGAUCGUCCGCACCAAACGUUCAGGAGGAAUACGUGGCGGUAGUGGAAGAUUAUGUCUUGACCAGCACGACACUGCAGACGCUGAUGACUGCGUACCGCGCCAACGGACUGCUGCAGGGUAUUCUGGUAGUCAAUUCCACCAGUAUUGACGAGAACGAUAAUUCCUUUCGGUCACCCGAUUCGCAAUACCCACAGGGCUACGGUACUCCGUCGGCGGGACUCAACUACGGCAAUACACAGUAUGCCUGGAACGCACGGGGGGAAGACUUGUUGGGGCUCGACUUGUACGGUAUACCCAUGGUCUACGUCGCCGACGCGGAUCUGUCCGUUGCGAUUGUCGCGAAAGCGAAAGAUCCGAGUGCGCACGAUAGUUCCAUCGUUGCCGCGUUCAACUACUACAUGGGACCGGAUAACGUUACCAGUGUGGAGUGUUUACGGUGGAAGGAUACCAAGACGAACCGUUGGAACCCCAAGUGUUUGCCCUUGGGGGGCACCAGUGUCUGGGCGACGGCUGGUUCGCCACCACCUUCCGAUAACACCAACAAUCGACCCGUUGUACUGGUCGGCGCGGGAAUGGAUAGUACCACGUUGUUUCACGAAACGACGCCCGCCGCCAACGCCGCCGCUGCCAACAUCGUGGUCAUGCUGCUCGCUGCCAAGUUACUGGGGGAGAACGUGGAUGAUGCCGCGUUGGAUGCGCUACCGAAUCGCAUCGGAUUCGCACUCUUUGAAGGCGAAACGUACGGAUUUAUGGGUUCGCGCAACUUUCUGCGCGACGUGGCCUAUCCCGGCUUCCAGUGCAACGAUGCCAUCGUUCCGUCCGUUUCGAAGAACGCGAACGGACACGACUAUGCCUGUCUUUCUCCACUUCGACCCAGUCUCAAAUUUACCGGCAUUUCAUCAAUCGCCGGUAUGAUUGCCGUCGAUCAAGUGGCGUACGCCGUGGGACAGGGUCUCUUGUACACACACGCCGAUCAGAACCAAGACACCUACGGAGCCUUUCUCGCCAACGUGCUCAAGGCCUGUAGCACCAGUGCCGUGACGGUCGCUCCCACUUCGGCGACGGCAAGCAACGGUAACUACCCGUACCCACCGUCUCCUCUGACGUCGCUACUCAGUCUCUCUCAAGGAGCAGUGGGUGGAGCGGUCUUGUCCGGCUACGACUACGCUUUCACCAAUGCGGCCCCCUACCAUUCCGUACUGGAUGAUGCCCGCCUACACGCUCCCGACUACCAAAGCAUUGCGGGCGCGGCUACCAUUGUCGCCCGAUCCGCGUUGGCGGCGGCCUACGACGACGGCACGUACAAUUCCGCGGCGGCCGCCACGUAUGCUGCCAAUAUCAUUCCGGAACUGGAAUCGACCGACGAAACUCUCGUCACUUUGGCGGAUUGCGUAUUCUACAAUAGCGGGUGUCGGACCUUUCGGGAAUACGCACAAACGGAAUUUAGCAACGAAAAAUCCCGGACGGGCUUGGAUUUGCGUGCGCCGACGACGACCGCAUCCGGUACGACUCCCAACUACUACGUCGGAGUGUACAACGACGCUAACGGUCAACCCUUUGUGCGGGUCGGAGAUCGAACUUACGGUGCCUACAACGGCAAAGAGUACGGUAACGGCGGUUCCGACGCUUUUGGGAUUCUACCGCGUGAAAAGGCUCGCGCCAUUCGUGGUCUCUUGAACGAUUACCUAGGACGGGGUAGCGUGAGCGAGAGCAGCGGGGAAACUGUCCAGGUACAAAAGUGCACAAAACUUGCGGACUGUGCCAGUGUAAAGUACUGUUCCACCAAUUCGGAUAGUGCCAUAUGCACCGCUGGGGGCGUGUGCGUGUGCCUGCGUGCGCACUAUCACGUAGCCAUGGACGAAGCACUGUUAGCCGCCGAGAAUGAAUUCCCGGGACGUUUUGUGGUAGACGAAACGAACGAUCAGGGUGUGAGUCCUAUGUACACGGAACCCUACUGGUCCAAUAGUGUGGGAGUCAAAGUGUACCGGGAUGUGGGGCAACUGCCAGGUCUGGUAACCUUGGUUUUAGGUAUUGGGAUGGCGGUACUAUCCUUUUUUGCGGCCUUUGUUCUCAAAGUGGGUCUCAAAAAAGAAAAGCUUUACUAACUGUAAGUGAAUUCUCAUACGUCUAGACAAUUCUUUUUGUUAC